UUAUUUUUGGAGAUACGGUGAGUGCGUCUGCGGUCACAUCUGAUGUUCAUCGUCUGUCAUUAACAGAUAGCGAUGAUAAGGAUGUUCCAAUUUCGUUAGUAAUGAUCAUACAACCUGUGCCAGGGCUUGUUUCCGGUUCGUUCAUGCCUUUCUACACACCGGAUGACGCAUCACGAUGUUUCUAUCACGAGUUCAUCUACAGAAAGAUAGGAGAUUAUGUUUGUGUGUUUAUUGAUCAAGAAGAUCCAAUGAAGGUUAGACAAUAUGAUGUGUUUAUCCGUCAGGGGGAAUACCCAACACACCUGACUUAUGAUCAAACCACAUUCCUUGUCGCAGACCGCGACUGGAUGUCAUGUAUAGCACCUCAACAUUUCACUAAAGUCGGAAUCACAUACGUCGGACUUCGCCCUAUUCCAAUACCCGGAAUGGGGCCGUACGAAUGGACACCUUUGAAUGGUCCGUACUAUGGUAGUUCCUACAAUAUCUCCGAUCCCUCAAUGAAUCCUUACAACCUAACCAUCACUACGGCGGGCUGUAUGACGUGGGACAAGAAAAAGGAGAGGUGGGGCGGAAAUAAGUGUGUGAUGGACUGGUAUCCCCCCAGAUACGAGGUGGAAUGUACAUGUAAUACGGAGAAGGACCUGACAUUUGGAAACACGUUUUACGUUCCACCAAACACGAUUGAUUUCUCUACCGCCUUCCUGAAAUUCUCUCCCCAAGACCAAGCCGCAGUCCUUUCGCUCCUCAUUCUAAUCCUGCUGUCUUACAUCAUCCUCAUGGUCUGGGCAAGGCAUCAGGAUAAAAAGGACAUAGUCAAAUGGGGCGUGACUCCGCUGAUGGACAACAAUAUCGACGAUACAUAUUACUACAUGGUCACAGUUUAUACGGGCAUGCGAAAAGAUGCCGGAACUCAAUCAAGAAUAGGCUUUGUAGUAUCUGGAUCAGAAGGCGACACUGGUGUACGGGAACUCUUCGAUGGCGUCCGCAGGGAAAUUGGCACAGCUACUGUCAACCAUUUCUUGAUGACAACGCCUCAUCCUCUUGGAGAAAUUGACUAUGUAUACAUUUGGCAUGAUAAUUCUGGAGAAGGAUCAAAGGCGUCUUGGUAUCUCAACAGAGUGGAUAUCGAGGAUAUACAGGACAAACAAAAGUAUUUCUUUCUGUGCGGAAAAUGGUUGUGCAUGGAUACUCCAGAUGACAAUAUAGACGCUGUCCUUCCCGUGUGUGGGAAAGAAAAUGUAACAACCUUCGAAAACAUGUUUUUCAUGAAUACCAAAGAGAACCUUGCAGAAAAUCACAUCUGGAUUUCCAUAUUUUUCCGACCGACAAGCAGUCAUUUCACGAGAUGCCAACGGGUCACAUGUUUGAUGGUUUUUCUCAUGAUGAGUAUGAUAGCCAAUGCGAUCUAUUUCACCCCUGCGGACGAGUUUGAGAACCCAAGUCUGGUUCGCGUUGGUCCUCUGAAGUUUUCUCUACAGUCAGUGUAUAUAUCUGUGAUAUCAGCACUUAUUUCAACACCCACAGUAUUUUUGGUUGUUCUAAUGUUUCGGAAGUCAAAGCCAAGAGUUAUCAACCAAAACCUUCAGGAUCCGUCUCUAAAGUAUGCCAUACCCGCUAUAGACUCCAUCGCGGAAAAGAUGCUCAAGGAAAGCAAGGAGCUAGAGAAGACGCUGGUCGCAAAAGGUAUCAUAAAGGCAGAUGGAACCAUCCUGCCUUUCUGGUGUGCCUAUAUUGCAUGGUUCCUGUCACUAGCGGGGACUUCAACCGUUAUGUUUUUUCUCAUGCUGUAUAGCAUGGAGUGGGGGAAGCAGAAGUCAGAAAUGUGGUUAACCCAAUUUGUCUUAUCAUUCUUUGAGGCGUCAGCCAUUUUGGACCCAGUCAAGGUCAUCUUGAUGGCAGCUUUUUUUGCAUUCAUCUUCACUCAACUGGACAAGUUUAAGCCCUCACCAUUAGAUCGGAACUUGAUCUUACGUAACUACCGUCAGCGAUUUAGCUGUCCCACUGAUAUAAAAAUGCCAGCACGCUUUUUCACGACGGAGACAAUUCAGGAAGCGAGAAAGGAGAGACAGCGAGAAAUCAUGAUGGCGCGUGCGGUGAAGGAAUGCAUCGUGACGAUCCUAUUUCUGUGGAUUAUUUAUAGCAUCAGCUUCAGUAACCGUGACGACAGAUCGUUUCGCGUGCACGAUAUAAUAUCCAAACAUUUCAUUUACCCUCAAAACAACAAGCCUACUUUUCCUGCUAUUAAGACAACAGUCAACUUUAUCGACUGGUUGAAGUUGACAGCAUUUCCAGCUCUGUUUCCAGAGUAUGAAUAUAACGGCGAAAAGAUGCAUUGGCGAUGGCGGCAGUACUACGCUGACCUCACCAACUUCCGGGUAGGACCGCCGCGUCUCCGUCAGGUCCGCGUCGUUGAAGAGGAGGCAGAUUAUCCAUUCUUUGGUAGAAUAAAAACGUUCCCAGAAUAUUCAUUCACAAGCGAAGAGUCGAAGGAUUUCUGUUUUCACUGGAAACCCCUGCCCUGUGAUGUAGAAAAGGAAGCCUACUCGUUCUCUUACAACGGAUGGAAACACACCAGUGCUUCUUCUAUAUGGGGAAUACCUGUAACUGGCUACUACACAACGUAUAGCGGGGGAGGCUACAUUACGGAGCUGGACGUCAAUUGGGACUUCUCCAACAGAACCCUUAAUGAGCUCAACAAGUUCCUGUGGUUCGACAGGCAAACGAGAGCAGUGUUCCUAGAAUUCACCUUGUACUCAGCCAACCUGAACUUGUUUACGUACGUCAUGUUAAUGGCUGAAUUCCCAGAAACAGGUGGCGUCACUACCAUGAGCACCAUAUACCCCAUGAGAAUCUACCAGCACCAUGGUAAUACAGGCGUCUACAUCAUCUUCUGUGAGGUCAUGUUUCUCGUAUUUCUACUGGGGAUGAUAUUAAAGGUAGUCUACGGAAUGGUGAAAACAAAAGGAAACUACUUUGCGAAUGCGUGGAAUGUUGUAGACUUUUUUUGUAUUGUUGGAGGUUGUAUUGGCGUCGCUAUGUACUUUGGAAGAUUUAUCUUAUCAAAUGAAACAUUGGGCAAAUUCAAAGAUGACCCGAAGAACUUUGUAAAUUUCCAACAUCUUGCCUUUUGGGAUCUCAUUUUUGUACUUGUGCUUUCAUGUCUUGUAUUCCUCUCAACUAUUCGAGUAGUCGGGGUACUUGGCUACGAUAAAAGAAUUGGAGAAGUGUUCCGAGUGGUGGACAAUUGCGCUAGAGACCUCUUCUGGUUUGGGAUAAUGUUCUUUUAUAUAUUCAUGGGUUAUUGUAUGUUAGGCUAUCUUGUAUUUGGGAGAAAUAUCAAGGCCUAUUGGAACAUAUUUGAUACGAUGGGAACUCUCUUCAUAAGCAUGAUAGGCAAAAGUAAAUUUACGGAGUUAAACGAACAGGAUCCGAUAAUGGCCCAGUUCUACUUCUUCACGUACAUCCUACUGAUAGUCUACGUGCUGUUGACUAUGUUCCUUGCCAUAUUGUGUGACAGUAUUGCAGUGGUACAUGCACAGACGAAGAACGACCGCUCCGAAGAACUUGUUGCUUUUAUCAUCGAACAGAUUAAGAAAUUCUUCAGUAGCAGUAAAAAGAAACAACAAGAAAAACAACUGAAAAAUGAUAUUGGACACGGCAAACAAAAACCAAUUGAGUUGUUGUCAGAUUUGCGCCUGAACCUCCAUGAUAUUAUGAAAAAGCUUCCGGAAAAGGAAAGAGAUCCGUUCAUGACUAAAAUCUAACAAUUCUCAGUGGAAGAAGGAACCGUACCAACUGUCUUGACAGUUUAUAUGAACUACAUAUAAACGUUGAAGUAAUGGAAGUGGAUACAUUUUGUGUUCUUUAAGAUUAGCACAUAUCGUUGGUCGAUGGCGUCAUCCAUGAGGUUUUGUUUACAGUAAUAUCUGCAUAUAUUUCAUACCCUCUGUUGAACCGAAUGGUGAGAGGAAAACGGAAACCAGGAGAAUUGAAUCCUGGUCGCUUUGGAGAAUGUGAAGUUGGCACAAUCCGUCCACUCUUUACUUUUUGUUAUGUUUUAUAUUUAUAUUUUUGUAAACGUAAACUGCAACAUGUCAUGUCUUACAUGGCUUAAGUCCUAAGUAUCUAAAUAAUGCAAUGAUUACUGAUUCACGAACACCAGAAAGGAAUGUAUUUACUGUAUAUAUAUCUGCCCGGAUUUCAAUUGAUUCCGGACCUUCAUAUGGCAAUUUUUCGUGCCGAUUUUCAUAUAUUUUUGACUCGAAUAUUUCCAUAAGAAACAACGCGGUUUACACUGAUGUUCUACUAUUGUUUAUUACCUUCAAUACGAAUGUUGGGGACGGCGACAGGAAAACACAUAACCAUUGAAAACGAUCGAUCAUACGCUUUGUUAAUGUGAAGCUCAUUUGUUUAUAGGAAAGGUUGUAAAACAUUGGUUACUUGGUGUCGGCGACAAAAUGAGCUGCAUAUGUAGCGGAACUGGUCUAAGCUGAGUGUCCAGGUAACUCAAAUAGUAAGAACGUCCGUGUAGAGUUCGGAGGUCCUGGAUUCGAGUCCCGGUCUUGUCGUUGCAUUUUUUCUCUCCUGCUACAUUUACACAUGUUAUAGAAGAGGAAAAAUGACCUGAACGGCACUCGAACCCGGGACCUCGGAACUCUAGCAGGACGCUCUAACCGUUUGAUCUACCUCAAAAUCACUAACCUCAGUCCAGUUCUGCUACAUUCCUCCCUCCUUAAACAAAUUCUUCGAACCCGAAGACACACAUGAGACCCUAUCAACUCGAUGGGUUCUUAGUUGGGCGUCAUAUGUAAGGGGGGAAUGCAACGACUAGACCAGGACUCGAACCCAAGUCCUCCAAACACUAGAAAGACGCUCUUACCAUUUGAGCUACCUGGCCAAUGGCGUUCAAAAUUAGUAAGUUCUAAUACACAUUUACAUAUAUCAUUUUUUUUACAUUCAUCAUCCUUUAGCUGAAAAAUGAUAUAUAAUGUAUGUUUUUGUCAAGUUGAAUUCGUGAAAAACUGCUGUCAGAGGAAACGUUUUUACUAGAGUACUUAGUUUUGUUUAAUGUACUUUUGAUAACCUACACGACAUAAACAUUAUUUGUUUGUUUUUGUUUAACGUCCUAUUAACAGCCAGGGUCAUUUAAGGACGUGCCAGGUUUUGGAGGUGGAGGAAAGCCGAAGUACCGGUGGAGGGCUAGUGAUAAAGUGUCGGGACACCUUAACCGCGGCCGCUAGAUAAAAUUGUAUACACAUAAACAUGAUCAACAUAGUGUAUACAUAUACUUCACCACUUUGUUAGCUAUGAACAAUUAAUGAUAAAAACGCUUAAGAGCAACAACAACAAUGGGCAGCAACAACAACAACAACAUUGAACAACAACACGGCAACAGCAUCAACAAUGAACAAAAACAGCAACAACAAUAGCAAAUGGCAACAUGAAAGCAAGGUCGUAAUUUUAACUCAAAAUCGAUAGAAAAGAUACACGAAUUUAUACUGUAGACCCAACAACAAUGAACAAUAAAACAGCAUCAGAAAUGAAUAACAUCAGCAACAAUGAGCAACAGCAGCCAUGAAUACCAACAAUAAUGUAUAAAAACACAACAACAACAACAACAAUGAACCAUAAACAAUAAUAAAGCAGCAGCAACAACAAUAAAUAACAACAGAGUUAAAAAAAACAACAAUGAACAACCAUACAGUAACAACAAUUAACAACAACUCAGUAACAACAACAAAAUUAAGGAACAAACAGCAAAAAUGAAUAACAGCAGCAGAAAGAGCAACAACAACCAUGAACAAGAACAAUGACCAACAACAACAAACAAUAAAACACAACAACAACAAUAAACAACAACACAGCAAAAACAACAACAAUAACAUAUUAACAACAAUCCUAAGCAAUACAAAUUAAUAACCACACAGUAACAGCAACAAUGAAGACCUACAAAAACAAGGAACAAUAACAGCAACAAUGAACAAAAACACAGUAACAGCAACACUGAACACCUACAAAAACAAGGAACAAUAACAGCAACAAUGAAUAACAACAGCAACAACAACAAUGAACAAUAAUGUCAACAGCAAUGACCAUGAGCAACAACAAUGAACAACAGCGUAUGCAAACAUGAAAGCUAGCAUGUAAUACUAUAUUAACUCUAUAAGUUCCAGAAGUUCAUGAAACUUCAUCUUCAUCGAUGACACACGUCAAGAUCAAAUCUGAGAACUAUGGAAGAUCCACCAGACAUAUAUAUCAUUAGAUCACGUCGGAAACUAUAUCGUGUCAAAUAUACCUUAUUUUACCAAUGACUCGAUCUCUGAAAAAAGUGUACGGAAUUCACUUCAUUUAUACUUUACCGUUUCGAUCUUUUCUCUUUUGGUAAAAAUGUUGAAAAAAUCAUAAAAAAUGCGCCGUUAGACUUCCCACUCACCAAUAUGGAAAUAUACCGUACGUUGCUUGUUUGCUGUUUUAUUAUUGUGAUUGUCAAUUAACCUUGCCGUCGAUUAAAUAGCCAUUCCUACACAAAUAUCAGUGUACAGUUUAGUUGUCAAUGCCUAUACUAGUUUGCUUUAUGUUUGUUUAGUGGACAGUAAAUAGUAACGCAGUUGUUAGUGUAAUCAAUCUUUAUUCCGCUAUGUUUUUUACCAUUAUGACGUGUUUGUAUGAUUUGGUAGUAUCCGUCCUUUCAAAACGAAGUAAACUUGAUAUCCCACUCACGCUUUACAUGAGAUAAAACAAGCACGUGGUUUGUCUCAAUCUUCAGAAAUCAAUUGGCACAUUAUACUAUGAUGUAGUUCAAUGCUACAUGUACUUGACAGUUUUUCCACGCUGUCGUUAAUGUAAGUGAAGGAAGAUCAUGUCUCCCCCCCCCCCCCCCCCCCCCUUACUGUCGUGUGACAGAUUCCUUUCCUCUAUACAUAGCAGUCCAAGUACAUCUGAUCUUUAUUGUUGUAUCCUUCUUUUGAUAUCAUUACUACGUUUAUGUGUUUUACUGUUUUACCUUUUCAAUAUAUUUUUACAUUUAGAUGCAAUAAAUUGUUACAUCAA